AUGGAGAACAAAACACCCACAGACAACGCACGGAAGGAUCUAAGAACUAUCAAACGGUUCGUCACCACUCACACUCCUGAGGGCACCACGACCUUCUCAAAUGCCCUACCCGAGGACGCUCCCUUCCAAACCCUUCCAGACAAUGUCGACUUUGCCCUCUGCUACGCGACUGACCGAUUCCCCGUCAACCUCAACGACGAAGCAGAUAUCAAUACAUAUCGACACUACACCGAAAACCUUCCAGGAAUCACUCUGCCAACAGGGACAGUCCUUCGCGUCGUCGACAUACCUCCCGGCGCAAUAUCGCCUAUGCAUCGGACCAUCAGCCUAGAUUAUGGCGUGGUAUUGGAAGGGGAGAUUGACUUGAUUCUGGACUCUGGCGAGAAACGAGUCAUGAGAAGGGGGGAUAUCUCAAUUCAGCGGGGGACCAAUCAUGCUUGGAAGAAUAGGAGCGGGGAAUCAUGGGCAAGAAUGCUCUAUGUUUUGCAGCCGGCUACAUGCCUGAGGGUUGCCGGUCAAGAACUCCACGAUAACUCGAUGCAUACCAUUCCUGGGUAUGAGGAGGAGGUAGUAGCCAAGAACUAG